AUGAAUUUCUCAGAUUAUAAGAAAACAAUAGACGUUAUUGUGGAAAGCCUAUUGAUGGUUCAAAAAACUUCUCCGAACGUAGCUACUGCUAAUGAAGCGUCAAGGAGGGAAUACAUAUCACCUAUUCUUCACGGAGUGGCUUAUUUUUUUCAAAAUUCGAUCAAAAUAUAUCCUGAGCAUGAAUUAGUAGGAAGCUAUGGACAUGGACCUGUGGAUUGGACGAUCAUGGUUAACAAUAAGUAUAUUUUGAUCACAGAAGCCAAAAAAGUGGACGUGGAUCACGGGGUAGGGCAAAACAUCAUACAAUUGCAGUCCGCCUUUCAGAAGAAUCGAAAAAAUAAUCACGACUCUCCAAGUGUUUUAUAUGGUAUUGAUAAUAACGAUCGACCAAUAGAAGUGUUCAAAAGUUCUUUAACACCAAUCAUUUUGCCUCUGUCUGAGCCAGGGUUAAAUAAAGCUACUUUGACUCCUCGUGUAGAGGAACUUUUUGGACAAUUACUAUGGAUAUUUAAUGAACAACUUAACUCCAGAGGAACUCUGAAGAGAAGCCACACAUGA